AUCGGCAUUCGUUGGUUUGCAACGUGACGACCAUGAAGCCAACUUUCAUUCAUGCUCAAACAUCGGGCCGUGUUAGGUGUUUAAGAGUGAACUUUUGAUGUUGCAUGGUAAAAAAAUUUGUGUGCGUAGGAGAAGAACAAAUAAAAAGAUUGCGAAUUCCUUUCGAUAAGGAUAGGUACAAUCUAGGAGCAGGUGUGUAUUUCAACAAUACAAGAAAGUGAAAAUAUUCGAGGUUUGAUAGUCGCAACGGAAAGAUAAACUAGACAAUAGAGCGGUAACCGACAUUAUUGUAUGUGUAAAACAAGUUUGUGGAGAACGUGCUUUUCGUAGCGCUAAGUGUCCAGUCUCAAAUUCCUGAGAUAUUGAAAAGAGCACGGUAAAGGACAUGGCCGAUGCAAUAUACGUUGGCGGUGUUGAAGGCGGAGCAACACACUCGAAGUUAGUGAUAUGCGAUUUGUCUGGGAAUGUUGUCGCUUCUUCCAAGGGCCCUGGUACCAAUCAUUGGAUGGUUGGAAUUCCCGAAGUUGCGAAACGCAUCAAUACCAUGACUCGGGAGGCCAAAAUCCAGGCACUUAUUCCGGAUAAUCACAGGUUAGCAGCGAUGGGGCUGUGUCUCAGCGGUGCAGAGCAGGAAGCUACCAACAAGGAAUUGGAAAACUACCUAUGUACACAUUAUGCAGAUUUGGCGGAGCGUUACACAGUGGGCAGUGAUACGAUUGGAAGCAUAGCGACCGCCUCGAACAUCGGUGGAAUGGUAAUCAUUUCAGGAACUGGAUCGAAUACGUUACUGCGGAAUCCAGACGGGAGUACCUAUGGAUGUGGUGGAUGGGGACACAUGAUUGGUGAUGAGGGUGGAGCAUGGUGGAUCUCGAAAACAGCCAUUAAAACUGUGUUUGACCAUGAAGACAAUUUACAUCAUAGUAAUCUGAGUAUCGAUAGGGUUUGGAAGCUUAUCCAGGAACACUUUGGCGUGAAAACAAGAUUAGAUCUGUUAGAUCAUUGCUAUGCCAAAUUUUGUAAACCAACGUAUUCAGGUCUAUGCGCAAAACUGUCGGCAUGUGCUAAAGAGGAGGGCGAUCCACUUUGUCGGCAGCUAUUUGAAGAUGCCGGUAAAGAGCUUGCCCGCUCAGUUUGUGCACUAUCGCCUCGUAUUAGUCCAGCUUUGAUUAGUAAAUGUGGUGAAGUGGACAUUGUUUGCGUCGGUUCCGUGUGGCUUAGCUGGGAACUGUUGGAACCUGGAUUCACAAAAGAAUUGGAAAGAGCUAAAUUUAAAUAUGAUCUGAAACUUCUGAAGCUAACCAAUACAAUGGCUCUUGGUGCUGCAUACAUAGCUGCAGAUACGUAUGGUCUGCAGCUGCCCAGAGAUUAUACUAAAAACUACGAGAUAUUUUAUGGUCACAAAGCCGUACUAAAUGGCAACAAUGGAACUAAUAAUACGAAAACGACUGGAACAAACAAGACAAGCAACGGAAAUUCCAUAGAACUAAAUAAUGGAACAUCUAAUAAAACAAACGGCUCUAGCAAUUGCCAGAAAGCUGUAUGAAUGAUUCCAUGUUUUUGGUGAGGAACAGAAAAUAAGAAUUUAAAGUUUGUAUAGACGCAAUUCAAAAUCACCGGUUUAGUAAAUAUUAGAAAAAAUAUAGUGAAAUGCACAUAAGUAUUGCCGUACAAUAAGUCAAAAAAUAAUUUAAAUUUUUUACAAGUUCAUAUAUUUACAGUUAAAUUAUACAUUGUCAAAUAAA